AUGGACUGGAACCUCCCGUACCCCGAGAUAGACACACGCCCUUUCUUCGGCGACGAGUUCAGGUUGAAGUGGGGCCACAAACUCCUCGAUACCAUCCUCGACGUGCUAGAUGUUUAUCAGACUCCAGAGGCUGAGCUGGGUGCUGCUUUCGAACAAGGAUUGGGACACGAUGACUUCGUGCGACACGUAGAGGCCAACAAGAAACCAGCUCUACGAGUCAUCUUUAUCCCCUGUCACCCCCUCUACGCUGACUCAGAAGAGGUGGAUCCGCCCAUCGCACUUCACCCAUCGACCGCUGAAUACCUCAUCAACAAGUUCAACGUUUCCCCGACCUUUAUCGCGACAAUAACCACAGAUGUCUGGGUGCUUAAGAGCGGGAAUGGGCGCUUCCACCGCAAAGAUAGUGGGGGUAAUCUCGCUAUCACUGGAUUCUAUCGUUUCGAGACGGGCGGGUUGAACAGAGGCACGCAUAUCUCCUCCAAUACUUGGUUCUCUCAUGAGCUCAAAGGCGGCAACCGAACAUCACUGUACAUCAUUCGCAACUGCUCUCAAGAAAUCAAAGACAACCUGCUGCGCAUAGCGAGAUGCCCCGCCUUGAUAUCUAGCCUCUUGCGUCCUCUGGCGGUGGAUGCGCUCAUCGCAGAUGCCUCCGCUUCAGCCUGGGGCAGAGAAUUUAUCGAACUCCGAGCUAAGCUAGUAGAUAAUGAACGCAGGAGCCCCUCGGAACUUAAACCGAGGCUCAACCAGGCUAUUCAAGAUUUACACACCCUCUCACAAGAAUUCCACAUCCUCCAAGUCAACCUCGACGAGCUCAUGGAACGCAUCCAGUACUUGAUCGGGGUGCACAAAGCAGUUUCGUCUCGCUCUCGCAAAUCACGCAGCCCAAACCCAACUCCAUCUGAAUCCCCUACGUCCGUAGCCGACUCCCUUUCCUACUUGAAAUCCAAAGUAACAAUAUGGCACCGCUGGUCGCACAACUACACCAACCGCGUAUCGAUCAAGAUCAACCUCCUCUUCAACCUCGCAUCCCAGUGGGACAACCAGACUAACCUCCGAAUAGCCGGGUUUACGAGCAAGAUUGCGACUAUCACGCAGAGGGAUAGUUCGUCGAUGAUAAAUAGGAUGGCUGCUGUAACUAUGCUCUUCCUGCCUGGCGCAUUUGUUUCGGCAAUAUUCAGCAUGGUAUUCUUCAACACCACAACCGAUUCCAACGGCACCCUCAAACUCUCAGUCACCCCCCACAUCUGGAUGUUCCCAGCCGUAACCGUACCUCUCACCCUGCUAGUGUUCUUACUAUGGAACCGGCUGAGGAAGAGGCAUAGUCAGUUGGCUUUGGGUGGUGUCGCAGCAGGGUCGUCUCCAGGAGGUGUAGAUGUUCCUUGGCACCAACCUGGUCAAAUUCCAGUUGACCAAGACUUUGGGGACGAGGAGUAUAAAAAGGGUUUAGUGAGAUCGGUGAGGGGAAUAGAUGUUGGAAGCAUUGGUGGAGAUAGUCGUAACAACGGCCUUCCGUACCUUCGUCGUUCUACAUCCAGGCCAGCGUCCAUGUCCAGGAUUCGGAAUUCUUAUGGAGCUUCAAGUUGUUGA